AUCUAUAUAGAAUAAGUUUAAAUAUUGAUUCGUCCUUCGUGCUAUCUACAAACAAAUUUAAAAUGUUAUCAAUUAUGUUUAUCUCCGAACAUUGCAACAACUUAUUAUCAAAGACAUUAAAUUUUUAUAUUCUCUUAUUUUUAUGAUUAUAAUAUACACUUUCUUAUUCUUAAAAUAUAAUUAAAUGUUACGAUCUUUUGUAAGUCAUUAUACAAAGUGAUCUUUUUUGGUACAUCAUCGGAUGGCGUGAGUUCCUAAUUUUAGCUGAUUUUUGUCCUGAGCACAGGAUAAGGCAAGACUAAAAAUGUCGAGGAUCAGUAUUGGGGUGCGUAGGUUGCGAAACGUAGUACAUCCAAUAAAGGAGUCAAGGAGACAUCUGUGUAUAUGUCAGUACUGUAAUCAGUCAAACAUGACAUUUAUAAAAUACGAUAACUGAGUAUUUCUUUUUUUUUUCAAACCGAUACCAUAAAGGAUCUAUUUGUAAUUACGAUGAUCCAUCGUGGAAUAGAAAAACGUCCUUGUAAAAAUAAAAUCAGAAAAUGCGAUCAAUAUUUAUAUAACUCGAUCAUGAUUCAUCGGCUUAAAAGAUUUCUGAUUAUAAAAUUGUUGCUGUAGGUGUAUCUUAUUUAACAUAAUUGAAUUUAAAAGGUUUGAACGUUGGAUUCCUAAUUAUUUUAUUUUUUUUUUAAAUAUUAACAACAAAUUAUUAGAUUAACUUAUUUAAUGAUGUUAGUAUAACGUGAAUCGCGUGAUUAUUGAAAUAAUAAGCUGACUAUUAUGUCAAUUUCUGCUGUACGUGUACUGAAUAGUAAAUGAAUUGGAACAAUAAAUUCGUAUAAAUUGACUAAAUCAUUAAAUGUAAAUGUUCAAUAUAAAAUCGAUAUUGCAUUUAAUAGUUGAUCAAUAUUGUAUUCGGUUACUGUAACACAAGUGGUAUGUUCUAAGGUGCGAAUAUACAUUCUUAUUACAGAUAUCUACUACAUAUAUGCGUUCCUGGUAACUUCAAAAGAACUACUGUUCGACCAGUAUCUGACACUUAAGCAUGGUGUGUGCGUUUCCCCUCUCUCUUUUUACGCUGACAUCACAACCGGUCAGUAGUGUCUGUUUCGUGAUGUCAGUCUGCUCGAAGUGGUACUAACCAUACAAAGAAGUUUUACUUCUUCUCGAAACUAUUUCGAAAUCUCUUAUCGUAAAACUAAAAAAUGGAUUCAGAAGAAGAGAUAUUACAGAUGCAUUUAUUACGUGAACACAAUCAACCUGUUGCAGGAAUACAAAUACUGUACAAACUUUUAAUGGAGAGUUUACGAGUAAACGAUUUAAGAACUUUUAAAAAUCUUCUUGGGCAAACUUCGAAAAAGCAACAAUCAAUCGUCAACGUGAAUUACGUUUAUCCAAAUCGUUCAGAAGAAACUUUAUUAGAUGUUGCAUGUAAAAGUGGGCGAGCAGAGUUCGUUGAAUUAUUAUUAGAAAACGGUGCAAAUCCGAAUAGAGUUAACGAGGCUCAUAAUCGUUCACCUAUUCAUUUCGCCGUUGAAAAUGGACACGUAACUACGUUGAAAGUAUUAUUAAGUAACCGUAUGAUCAAUCCAAACAUAGAAGCUGCUCAACAAACGGCACUUCAUAUGGCUGUUAAAAAAAACCAUUUAGAAUGUGCCGAAUUACUUCUUGAGAAUGGUGCAAGUCCUAACAUCCCUAAUAACAAAGGUCUUACAGCCCUUCACUUGGCUGCUAUGAAAGGUCAAAGAGAUAUGGUCAAUGUGAUACAACAAAAGAGCAAACAAUCUCUUGAUUUGGAUAGUUAUAAAGAUUACAAUGGUCAAAUGACUCGUGAAGUUUUGAAGAAACAAUUACCUGACAUGAUAUUACCACCAGCAAGAACAAGAGAUCUUUCGGUUCACAAUCUUCGAUAUUUUCUCAAUGCAAAUGAUGAAAUCAAUUUCUUAAGAUAUCUAGAAAAAUUUAAUAACGAUUCUUUAAUUAAUGAUAUCAAUGAGUUACUAGAAAUGGCAACCGAACGUAAUUUUUACAGAAUCGUUAAAGAAUUACUUGAUAGAACGCAUGGAGAAACACUUGACUUGUCGAAAGCAGCUAUUAUAGCCAUACAACAAGCUAAUUGCGAUAUUUUACGUGAAUUACUAAAACACGAUAGCGAACUUGCUAAUGAACUUAUUAUCGAUGCUUGUUUAGAACUUGGAAUGCCUGAGAAACAGCGAUCGGACGUGACUGAUCGUCUAAAAUGUUUGAAAUUGAUUCUUGAUCAAGAUAAUAUUGAUGUCCGUUGUACGGACAACAAAGGAAAUACACCGUUGCAUUAUGCAGCAAGAGCAGGUUCUCGCGAAGCAGUGAGUUUAUUAUUAGAAAAAGGAAGUUACAUAGGACAUAUGAAUAAAUUCAAUGUACCACCGAUUGCUGACAUUCCAUUAAACACUUUAGUCGAAUAUUUCGAUGAUUGCCUUCAAACAAGAAAGGAACGUACGAAUGAGUAUACUAUCGAGUUUAAUUAUCGAUGUUUAAUGCCUCACGAUACAUCUCACAUGCGAGAUCGAAGUGCGAAAAGUUCUUACGUUUCUCCCAAAUAUUGCGAGAUGGAUACGUUUCGAUAUAUGUCUGAAAAUAGUGCGUUAAAAUAUCUUCUAAAACAUCCACUUUUAUCGUCCUUUUUGCAUCUUAAAUGGUAUAGGAUACGACAUCUCUUUUAUCUUAAUUUUGCUUUUUACGUAAUAUUUUACAUAUUACUCAAUACAUACAUUUUACGUAUGACAUAUGGUAUAACAUCUAAUGAGACCGACACAAAACUAAACGAAAGCAAUGACAAAGAGUUGAAAUAUAUCGUGUACACUGGAUGGCAAAGAGGGGAUCUAUUAUGGGUCAUGACAUCAGUAGCCUUGUUUUUUCUUGCCAUCAGAGAGAUCAUACAAUUAGUUUCUUCACCUUGUUACUAUAUAUCUAGUUUAGAAAACUGGUUAGAAAUGAUCCUGAUCAUUUUAGGUUCGUGUUUAUUAAAUGGGGCUGGUCCGGAAGUCGGAGCAGUGGCUAUAUUAGUAUCAGCGUGGGAAGUUGUUAUUCUAAUUGGACAAUAUCCAAGAAUGUCUACAGGUAUUCAAAUGUUCAAGACAGUAUCAUGGAACUUCAUGCGUUUUCUAUUUCUUUAUGCUUUUCUUAUCUUAGCCUUUGCUCUUGCGUUCUUUACUCUCUUUAAGGAUGGUGGCGAUGAGAAUUUUCCCGAUCCAGGACACUCACUUUUUAAAACUAUAAUUAUGCUUACCGGAGAGUUCGAUGCCGAUGAUAUACCCUUCAUGUCGCAUCCAGUACUCAGUCGUUUUGUUUUCGUAUUAUUUGUAUUCUUAAUAGCCAUCGUAUUGUUUAAUCUGCUAAAUGGUUUAGCAGUCAGCGAUACCGCUGACAUUCUUGGAAAGGCUGAACUUAUCGGCUUGAUUUCCAGAAUACGUCUCAUUUCUUAUAUCGAAAAUGUUGCUACAGGCGCACCUUUUUUACAUAAAUCACGAUUUUUAUCUGGCAUAAGUUCAUAUACAUGUAAUCCAUUAGGUUUUCUCGUAAAAAGAAUUUUUUUGUUUCCUAAUUAUUUAAAGGAUGGAAAACUUAUUGUUAAAUCUCAUGAUAAUUUUGAAGUUUGUUGUCCCGAUAAUUGUUAUGGAAGAUGUUUAUCUCCUAAUGUUUCUAAUACGGAUUCACCUAUUUUAAGGAUAGAUUCAUAUGUCGUUAAAAAAGCUAAAGAAAUUUUAUUGCGUAAGAAACAGAUAUCGGAAAAUGAAAAAGUAUUCGCUAUGUUAGAACAAAUGGCUGAAAAAUUGGCUACAAUCGAAUCGACACUAAAUAUAGUUAAAUGUGCAAUGGAAAAUAAUAAUCUUAAUAUAGAAAUACAAGAUUCAAUUCAAGAGUCAAUGUAAUAUUAAAAUUCGAUUGUUGAUAAGAAUGUAAGUGAUAACAAAAAAUUAUAAUUGUUUAUAAUACUCUCAGAAAUGUGCCAUUUAAAUAUUGAUGACACCGUCGUUAACAAUGAAAUACACAUACACGCGCGCACGCACGCACGCACGUACACACACUUCAUUGUUAACGAAUUCUAUUCUGUAAGCUAAAAAUCAAAAUAACAUGUUUUGUAUUAGAUAUAUAUACAGUACUCUGGUUGUUCUCAUACAAAUAUGUAUUAGAAAAGUAUAUUUUUUUUACACUU